CCCAUACACACAUCCUGUUGGCACACAGGAACUGCUGGGAACAUGGCUGGUGAUUUUAUUUUGCUCGCAGCUGUGGCAGCUGUCUCUCUUCUUUCCACCUUCCAGCAAUGUCAUUUUGCUUGGCUGGUGGGGAAAUUAAGAAUAAAGCACAAGGUCAUGCCCCUGGCUGUCACUGGAGCUCCAGAAUUUGACAGAACAUUUCAUGCACUGUCUACAAUACUCUUUUUUUUUUUUUUCCUGACUGUUUUCCCCACCAUAUUAAUAUUUUCUUCCUUAGAAUUAGCUUUCUUUCAGGGUAUGCUGUACAUGUUUGCCUGCUACAAGUACUUCCAUGGUUAUGUCCAGUCUGUGAAAGGAAGGUUAACAGGGUUUUAUUUGAGUGUGAUAAUUCUGAUUUGCUAUGCAGCUGGUGCAGCUGGGAUUGUCAGCAGCUUUCUGGAUGAAUACCUGGACUUCAGCAUGAUGAAGAAAGUCCAUAAAUUUCUUUGAAGGUGCUUUGUAAAAAAUAAAUAAAUAACAUGGAUGUUUUGCCUGUACCCCAGAAAGAUUAUAAGCUACAUGUGAAUAAAACAUCAGAUCUCUUUCUUAACAGCC